CAUCCACACCCCGCCAUACACAAUCGUCCCAUGCCCACGACAUGGCGGAAGCUUCCAAAGUCAAGUACGACAGCCUCCCUGGGAUUGACACCGCGCCCGAUGUCUACGAGACGCCCGAGCUCGCCGAGGACGUGAGCACCAUCCCAGCCUCCACCGCCGUUUCCGAUUCCGAGGGCGACGACGACCCUGAAUCUUCCGCCGUACGACACCAACACCUCCAAACCGACCAGGCACGGAGCCGCUUCCAGCCUUCAAGAGUAGACGCGAAUGGCGUAGACUUUUCCGACAAUAUCAGCGCACGGCGCUCAUACCGCACAUCAACGCGCGCGCGGCGGAGAGGUGACAUACUGGGCGACGACAGCGAUGAGGAGCAGGAGUCGUUUGAGCGGAAGCUCAUGCGGGUGAAGCAGGAGCUGCAGGAGCUGGAGGGCGAGCACCAGGAGCGAGUCAAAUCAGGCGACAAGAGCAAAGUGGAGGAGAGAGACCCCAAGGAGAUUAUCGAAUUCAUAUCGGAAAAGGUGGACCAGAUCUACGCCAUGCGGCGGGGUGGUGUACGAGGUGCAGAGCCGCAACUUGACCGGACAAUCGAUAAGUUCAACAACUAUGCGCCCUUCGAACCUUCGAGUCGUAUCACUAAAGCUAUCGCGAACCAGCCACCGCUCCCGGGCUCCCAGGUACAAAGAGGUCAGCUGGAAUUCGUGCUGGACCAGGCGAAGCAGUUCGACGAAAGAUUAUCAAAGCUGGAGACAAGCUUGGGAUUAGACGGAACUACCAUGCCCGACCUCGGAGACAAGGCGCCUUUCCCCGUGUUUGCUACACUAGAGAGGAUCGAACAGACGGUCGGACUCGUGGGCGAUGCGAGCCAAGGCAAUCUGGAAGCAGCAAGCGCGCAGAUCAAGAAGAUGAUUGCGGACGCAGAGCAGCUGAAAGAGCUGCGUGCAGAAGGCUCUCGCGACGGGGAGUCGCCCAACUCCGAACAAGAAGCGAAGAUCAACGCGCUCUAUGGCACACUGCCUUCCAUUGACAAACUCUCGCCUGUUCUUCCCAUGAUGCUGGAGCGACUACGGACGCUCAGGCUGGUACACACGAGCGCGUGGGCGGCCGAUGAUGUGCUCACUGAGCUGGAGAAUCGCCAGUCACAGCAAGAGGCGGAGAUCAAGAAGUGGGAGCAGUCAAUACAGGAGGUCGAGGCCGAUGUGAAGAAGUGCGAGGCUGCUAUGCAGAGCAACAUGCAUACGGUCGGCGACUGGGUCAAGACGAUAGAAGAGAGAGUCGCCAAGCUACCGCGUGGCGAUUGAAGGCCGCGGGAGAUGGUCUAGAGGAUGAAGGAGUGACGCUUGCCUAUGUGAGCCAUUUCCGACGAUGUUGGUGCGGUAUAGGAAAUGAGUGGAGGGAGGCAUGAUCAAGCACGUAGAUACCCAACCUUUUGUAUGCAUAUCGUAUCAUCACA